AUGGACUCGACCCUACAGAACUCGACCCUACAAUCCGCAUACAAACCCCAAGCGCCUGUCCCCUCUUUCCAACCACUCAAGUCAAACAUGAGCACCCAAAAUACUCUCGAGGCCGCAUCAACCACCACAAACCAAGUCUUUCAGUCCUCUUGUUCCCAAGCCUCGGCACAACUGCAGGCCUUCCCCCAUGCCAUUAAUCAACCUCAGAGCGCCCCCGUUGCACCGGCGACGAAUCCCCAUCUUUUGCCUUUGAAUGCGGCGACUGCUCCGGCGGCCCAGACAAACCCGCACCAGAUAGAAGCUCUGGGCGGGCCAACUGCUACGGCGCCUUUUCUGCAGGAUUUCAAUCUUGUCGCCGAGGCCGCCAAGCGUGCUCAGAUAGGAAUUGUCAUGCGCGACCUGGAGAGCGUGACCCUUUGA